AUGGCGAAUGACGAGUUCAACAAGGACAUGGUCCACGGCACCACAUCUACGGUUUCCCCCAUGAAUGAGUGCAUCAAAUACGCAAAAGAGGCACAGACGCUACUUGGAAGACGCCGGUGGGACCGGCUCGCCCAAUAUGCUUAUAACGCCAUCGAACUCGUGCCAGAAGGAAGAUAUCCUGUUUGGAGUCCGGAGGCUUUGAGGAUAGAUGCCCAAGUUAAGAAGGAGUUCGGAGACUUCGCGGACGUGGCGGGUGAAUUCGUGAUGUUCGUACAAUACUCCAAGACGGCUCACUACGAUGCUCGCACGGGGUCGUUCACAGCUUGA